CUUUGUUGUGUUACCAGAACCUCAGUAUUAGUUGUUUGAAUCAGUUUUUAAAAAAGUAGAGUUCUAUCAAAAUGUAUGUUCAAGUGAGAACAAUUGAUGGCAAACAAAAUGUUACCGUCACGGUUUCGAAACUUACAACUGUAGUUCAGUUUAAAGAACUUGUUGAAAAAGAAUUAGGUGUAAAAUGUGAAAAACAGAGGCUUUUUUUCAGAGGGAAGCAGCUAGAAGAUGACUACAAAAUAUUUGACUAUAACAUUAAUGUAAACGAUGUGGUGCAACUUAUGAUAAAACCUGAUUUACCUGAAUUAAAUGAAGACGCCGAUAAAGAAAUUAAUUGUGUAGAUGAAAAGUCUCCCAAGAAGGAUAAUGUUGAUAAUCCAAAAAAAUUGAAAGAAGAAGAAUUUCCUGCUGAAAGUCUGUAUUUUAAGGUUGGUGACUAUGUCGAUGCUAAAGAUUUGUGCUAUGGAGCUUGGUUUGAAGGAAAAAUUGUUGGCAUCUUCAAAGAUAUAAAUAAAUUGAAUGCUGAACCAACUGAAGAAGAUGAUUGUUUAAUUUACAAGGUGUAUUUUCAAAGCUAUCCGGAUGAUCCGCCCUUACUUCUAUCUUUAAAGGAUGUUAGACCUCGAGCCAGAAAUAUUUUACCUAUAGAAGAUAUUACAGUUGGAGAUCUAGUAAUGGUAAAUUAUAAUAUUGAAGAAGCACAAGAUAGAGGAUAUUGGUAUGACUUAAAAGUAACAAGUUUAAAUAAAAAUGGAAGAAGAAAACCUACUUUAAAAGGAACGCUAUAUGUUGGUACAGAAAAUACAAGUCUUGAUGACAGUACCAUUGCAUUUACAGAUGAAGUUAUGAAAAUUGAACCAAAAAAGUUGAUAUCCGAAAGAACUGAAGAUGAAUUAGAGUUGAUGCAGCAGGAUACAGAUAAAAAACGUGUUAAUGCCCCCUAUUGUUCAAACUGUUCCGACAAUCCACGCAGAAAAUGCAGAGAAUGUGGAUGCCACAACUGUGGUGGGAAAAAUGAUCCUGAGAAACAAGUUAUGUGUGAUGAAUGUAACAUGGCUUUUCACAUCUCUUGCCUCAAACCUCCAUUAAGUUCAAUUCCAGAAGUUGAUGAAUGGUAUUGUUCAGACUGCAAAAAUGAUGAAAAUGAAAUAGUGAAGGCAGGAGAAAAACUUAAAGAAUCCAAAAAGAAAGCUAAAAUGGCCUCAGCCGUAAAUAAUACUUCACGUGACUGGGGUAAAGGAAUGGCAUGUGUGGGACGUACAAAAGAAUGUACUCUUGUCCCACCUAAUCAUUUUGGACCAAUUCCAGGGGUGGAAGUUGGUACUACUUGGAAAUUUAGAGUGCAGGUCUCUGAGGCGGGAGUUCAUAGACCUCAUGUAGCAGGUAUCCAUGGUCGGGAAAGUGAUGGAGCGUUUUCACUUGUUUUGAGUGGUGGAUAUGAAGACGACAUUGAUUCAGGGGAGGAAUUUUUUUACACAGGAUCUGGUGGUCGCGACUUGUCUGGAAACAAGAGAACUGCUGAACAAAGCUCAGAUCAACAACUUACAAGAAUGAAUAAAGCUCUAGCAAUGAACUGCAAUGCUAAGUUUGAUGUAAAUAAAGGAGCUGAAGCUAAAGAUUGGCGUGGUGGGAAACCUGUAAGAGUUGUAAGGAAUUUUAAACUAGGUAAACAUUCAAAGUAUGCACCAGAAGAUGGAAACAGGUAUGAUGGUAUUUAUAAAGUAGUCAAAUAUUAUCCAGAAAAGGGAAAGUCUGGGUACAUCGUCUGGAGAUAUUUGCUUAGAAGAGAUGAUCCUACUCCUGCACCAUGGACUAAAGAAGGGAAAGCUCGUGUUGAAUCACUAGGUUUGGAAAUGGUGUUUCCAGAUGGCUACUUGGCAGCAAUGGAAAAAAAAGAAAAAGAAAAUAUCCCUGCUAAUUCAAAAUUGAAGAGGUUUUUUACUGAGAACUCAGAAGGUAGCCCAAAGAAGAAAAAAGUAAAACUUAUGGCAUAUAAAUUAGAAGAAGAUGUAGAAGAUAAAAUUAACAAUGACACUGCUAACUCUAAACUUUGGGAUACUGUAAAACUUGCUUUAGAAUCUGGUAAAAAGGAAUUCCUGUCCAAAGUUGAAGAAACAUUUAUGUGUAUAUGCUGUCAAGAACUAGUUUUCCAACCUAUAACUACUCAUUGUGGGCAUAAUAUUUGCUUAGUGUGCUUGCAAAGAUCCUUCAGCGCUGAAGUUUACACUUGUCCAUAUUGCAGAACAGAACUUGGUAAAAAAUUUGAAAUGGAGCAGAAUAAAUAUCUUCAAGACGCACUGCUUUUACUUUUUCCUGGCUAUAGUGCUGGACGAUAGUUUAUAAUUUAUUCAUUAAUUUAGAAUAUGUCAUAUAAAUAUAUUAAAAACAAUUGUAUAGCGAUAUGGUUGUACAUUUAAUAUUCAUUUUUGGAGGGUUCCUGUCUCUCUUAACUUAUUUUUCAAACGUUUCCAAGAACUAAUUUUUGCAUAAUUGAUUAUGCAAUCAUCAAUAAAUAAUGAAACAUUGGUGCUUAGUCUUAUUGUAAUAUAAAUGAUGAUUAAAAAAAAAAAAGAAUUAUUCUAAAUAAUCUUUGAUUAUUAAAUGAUGUUAGAUCAAAUUAGAUCUUGAAUAAGGGGUAUAUUUAAAACACUGGUAAGAAAUUGUUUUUCUGUUAUUUCAUAUUAUUGAAGAACUAUGUUAUUCUUGGUAUUAUUAGUCCAAGAAAUGUAAUAAUUAUAAAGGAGUGCUGUAAUUAAUUGAAAUUUUGAUUAUUGGAUUUCUAAUACGGACAAGCUCAUUGAUAUUUUUCUUUUUGUUACUAAAAUUGUUUCACUGGUAUUGAGACAUUAAUUAUAUUCUGAAGUUAAAAUUUAUUUGUUUGUUUGAGAAAUUGGUUAUGAAAUGAAAUGAUUAAAAUUAUUCAUGUUUUGUGAAACUGUACUUUAUUUUACGCUCCUUUCUAAUACAAGACAUGAAACAAUUUACUCAGUAAUUGUAUAUUUAAUUCUUCACAAGUGAUUUUAAUGUCAGAUAAGAACUUAGUUAUUCUCAAAUUACAUCAGUCCAUAUAAUAUAAAUUAACAGUAUAUAUUAGUGAAUUCAUUGUUAUAUUUAAUAUACCUAUAGAUUGUUUUAAUGUUAGGAGAAUUGGUUUAUAUUAUUUUCUGG